AAACUCUCCUCUUAUCCCUCCCUCGAGUUUCCCGCAGAAAUGAAGACCACUCUGAAAGCCAGGUAUGACCCCGUUAGAUUCAGCGGUGCCGCCACUCUAGCGGCCGGCCUGGGCGAUGUCAAGCUUAGCGCCACCAUAACAGACGCCACCGUCGUCAAAGGCCCUAGCUUAAACGGCCUCUCUCUAGCCGUUGAAAAACCUGGCUUCUUCAUCAUCGAUUACAACGUCCCCAAAAAGGAUGUCCGAUUUCACUUUAUGAACACAAUUAAGGUUGCGGAGAAGCCGUUGAACGUGACUUACAUUCACAGCCGAGGGGAGAAUCGGACGACACUGGACGGCACACUCGUGUUCGAUUCUGCUAACAAGGUAUCGACUAAUUACAUGGUAGGAACCGGGAAUUGCAAGGUCAAGUACAGUUAUACUCACGGAGGGGCUACAACGUUUGAGCCGUGUUACGAUUUUGGGAAGAAUUCCUGGGAUUUUUCGGUUGCGAGGAGGGUUUAUGGUGAUGAUGUCUUUAAGGCUAUGUACCAGACAUCGAACAAGCAUUUGGGUUUGGAGUGGUCGAGGAAUUCCAAGUUGAAUGGAUCAUUUAAGGUCUUAGCAUCCUUCAACCUGGCAGGCGAAUCCAUAAUCCCAAAAUUAAGUGCUGAGACUGCUUGGAACUUUGAGAUGUGAACCAUUUGACCAUUUGAAUUAUUCACCUUUGGAUGGACAGCUUAUGAUUGUAGCUGCAUCAUUCAUAGUUUCAAAAUAAUACUUGUGCCGUUGAUUACAGUCUAUAUAAUGUGUUGAUUGCCAUUUCGAAGGCGAAUGACAACUCUUUGACAUUCAUUUUUAAAAUUUAAAACUAUACGUUUCAUUUCUUAAUUACUGAAUAUGUGUCUGUAUUCUUGCAAUCCUUGUUAACAGCAUUUUGUUACGAAUU